CUACCCCUGUGCCCCAGAGUGUCCCGCUGCGGCGGCGCUCGGUGGGCGUGGUUCCCAGCUCCAGGCUCCGGGCAGGGACCGGACCCGGACUGUGUGCCGGGCUGCGGUCGGGUCGCAGCAGCGUCCUCCGGGGACACGGCUCCAGCCCGCGCCCGCCCUCCUUCCUGUUCCUGGGAGGCAGAAGACCAGCUUUUUUUUCCUUCCAAGCUUUUUUCCCGUCCCUUGUGCGUUCUCCCGGCUCUCCCUCCACCCUCCACCUUCUCUCCCCCAAAUUUAUUCUUCAACUUUGGGUGAACUUGGCCGGCAUCCCGCUUCUCCGAUAGCGUUGCCUAGUAACUGGUGCACACACCGGCGCGCGCGGGGCUGGAAGGUGGAGCGGGGGGGAGGGAAGUGGCCGCUCUCGGCCUUCGAGGCGGGGGAUUGGGCGCGCAUUACCUCAUAUUCCUCCCCUCCCCCUCCCCCCACCCCGGUGCUACGGGGAUCCUGAUACCGACUGCCCCCAAAUGCAUCUCCAUCCUCCCCCCUCUGCUCGAGGACCCGGGGCUGACGUCAAGGGAAGGAGGUAGUGAGUGACAAUUUAUACCAAAUGACCUCCCAGCUUGAAUGCAUGACCUGGAAUCAGAUGAACUUAGGAGCCACCUUAAAGGGAGUUGCUGCUGGGAGCUCCAGCUCAGUGAAAUGGACAGAAGGGCAGAGCAACCACAGCACAGGGUAUGAGAGUGAUAACCACACCACGCCCAUCCUCUGCGGUGCCCAGUACAGAAUACACACCCAUGGCGUCUUUAGGGGCAUUCAGGAUGUGCGACGUGUGCCCGGAGUUGCCCCGACUCUUGUCCGGUCGGCAUCGGAGACCAGUGAGAAACGCCCCUUCAUGUGUGCUUACCCGGGCUGCAAUAAGAGAUAUUUUAAGCUGUCACACUUACAGAUGCACAGCCGGAAGCACACUGGUGAGAAACCAUACCAAUGUGACUUCAAGGACUGUGAGCGAAGGUUUUCUCGUUCAGACCAGCUCAAAAGACACCAAAGGAGACACACAGGUGUGAAACCAUUCCAGUGUAAAACUUGUCAGCGAAAGUUCUCCCGGUCUGACCACCUGAAGACCCACACCAGGACUCAUACAGGUAAAACAAGUGAAAAGCCCUUCAGCUGUCGGUGGCCCAGUUGUCAGAAAAAGUUUGCCCGGUCAGACGAACUAGUCCGCCAUCACAACAUGCACCAGAGAAACAUGACCAAACUCCAGCUGGCGCUUUGAGGGGUCCGACCCGGGGACAGUUCUGUGGCCCAGGCAGGACAGUGUGUGAACUGCUUUCCAAUCUGACUUUAAAGUUCCUCCACACUCACCUCUCUAAGAAGGAAAUGGCAGGUGAUCUUCAUCCAGCUUCCAAGACAAGAUGCCUGUACCACUGGAUCCUACCAGGUUUGCCCGGAGGAGUUGGGCUCUGCUUUGCCUGCUUUUAGUCAGCUCGAAGGCCCUGGAGAAGUGGCUAACAAUGUCCAGUUAGUUAAAAGCCCAUCUCUGCCAUUUGGUCUGGAUUUUCACUGUAAGAAGAGCCAUUGUUGAUAAUGUCCCCCCGCCCUCUUCUUCUCCUUUUACGCUCUUUUCACUAGGAAUGGAGUCAUUGUACCAUUUUCCAUCAUAGAAUAUUUAUAGGCCAGGGCAUGUGUAUGUGUCUGCUAAUGUAAACUUUGUCAUGGUUUCCAUUUACUAACAGCAAGAAAUAAAUCAGAGAGCAAGGCACCGGGAGUGAGUCCCGUCCGACAUUCCGGAGGUUAGGCAGGCCGCUAACCUGGAAGGCAGGAUGUAGGACUACCAUGCAACUUUAAAAAUUUCGUGUGUUUCAAGCAGCUGAAAAAAGAAUCCGAACUAACCAGUACCUCUGUAGAGAAACCUAAAAGAAUUUUUCCGUUCAGUUAAUACAAUGUUAACAUUAACACAAUGCUGUUAAGAAACUGUGCUUGAAGAUCUGAGAUUUUGGUUUUGUUUAUUUUUGACUUUUUUGAGCGGUAAUCCUAUGCAUCUUCAGAGAUGUACAUAUUUCCUCACACAAAAAAAGUGGAAUUCAUUAUUAUCAUUUGGGGUGUCCUUUGAGUGUACAGACCACGCUGGUUAUGUGGCUUCAAGUUGUAAAAAUUAAAGUGACUCUGAAAGAAAAUAGGGCUGGUUCAGGAUCUCCACUGAUAACUUUGAGUCUACCAGUGUAUGUGAAAAAAAUGAGACUGGUGUGAGGAAAUCCAUUGUUUAAAGGUGGUUGGGUGUGUGUAUGUGUGCGUGUGUGUGCAAACGAGGGUGUUUGUUAUUUACUGUUGCUUGAAAUUAUUGUGUAAAUAAAAAUAUUGAUAAUGAUUUGCUCUUUGACAACUGAAGUUAGGAAAUGUAUAAAUGUUAGAUGCAUCACUGUUUUGGUGUUGAUCUUACAACGUAUCAAUGAUAACACUAAAAAUGUAACCUGCAUUUUUCACUUCGCUCUCAAUUAAUUAAAGUCUAUUCAAAAGGAAA